UCUACUGCUUUCAGCUGAAAGAGGAUUUCAGUCUGCACCUGCCAAAGACCUUCCCUUCUCCUUUUCACCUCCAUUCUGUCCUUUUUCUUUUCUCUCCCCCUUCCCCGGUACUCGGGCUAACAUGAACCAAGGAAUCAAAUGACUGCCAAGGAGCCAGCAGCACAAUCCCAGCUUGCACUCCCUUCUUUGUGUCAUAUAAUUCCAGCUUGUGUUGCAGAAAUGUCCACGGGCAGCCAAGGCUGCUUGGAUGUAGGAUCAAACAGACCUGAUUUGUGACAGCACACUGGAUCCUGGUGCCUGAGAAGAUCUGGAUCUUUUACUAGAACUUACCUUACGCAAAUGGUUCUGAAGAACCGGAUUGUCCUGCCAAGGGGUCAGCUGGCCGAGGAUGGGAAGCGGAGCCGUGUCGUUUCCAGCCAAACAUUCCAGAUUGUUUUAUUCAUCUCAUAAACCCAUGCUUCUCCCCUGCUAAUAUCCUCCUCGCCUUUCCUAUACAUUCCACCGUCUUCUUCCAAUGAUCCAUCCCUUUAAAAAAACAAAAAAACAAAAUCCAUCCCAUUGCAAUAAGGCUGAACCGAAACUCCAGACUCCUUCAAUUGAUCCUUAUUUCAUGCCUUGCAAAAGAAGCGACCCAGAAGAAGACUUUUAUUUAUAUCUAGAUUAUUGUUAUUAUUAUUGUUCUACGUUCUGCUAGAUUUAGCCCAGGUUACCCGGUAAUCUGGAAAUUAUUUUAUUAUUUUCUGUAAGUUACAUUCCUGCUUUUUCCGUGAAAAAGCCUUUUGUUUUUUUUUGUUUAGUUUUUUUCUUUUAAAUAAGUUUAUUUGCAAAAAAAAGAAAUUAUAAUAUUUACGAGAGAAUAUUCUAAUUUAAUAAAGAGCGGAAGAUGAAGAUGAUUUUAGUUCGCAAGUUCAGGGUGUUGAUCCUGAUGGUGUUCUUGAUCGCUUGCACAAUGCAUAUUAUGAUAGAUCUACUACCAAAGCUGGAGAAGAGAGGAACCAGGAGUGAUGGGGAGGUGGGAUGCUCCUGUACUCACAACCUCAAUGAGGACUGGGCGAAGCAAAGACCCAAGAAUACAGCUGAAUCAGGGUGGCCUAACAAGCAUACGCUGAGGAUCCUACAAGACUUUAGUAGCGACCCCAGCUCCAAUCUCACCUCACACUCGCUGGAGAAAAUCACUGGACUAAUGGACAAAAAUGACUCCUUUAAAAAACUGGAGCAGCGUGAAAUGGUCAAAGACUUGAACAAUAAACAGCUGAUCCAAGAUGGAAGUAUAAAGAAGCCCCAGCCUGGGCUUGGGUACUCUAGGCUGGUUGCCCUGUUCCAGCAUCCUCUCUAUAAAAGUGCUGUUCCUGAGCUCACUGAAGAUGAUGUCUUGUUUAAUGUGAACAGUGACAUCAGGUUUAACCCCAAAGCUGCUGAAAACCAGGAAUGGCAAAAUGUGGGGAAUGAAGCAAAUGAGGAGGAAGAAUUCUUACCUACUGGAGAAGCUCAUGUAGACUCCUAUCCAAACUGGUUAAAGUUUCACAUUGGAAUCAAUCGAUACGAGUUAUAUUCCAGACAGAACCCAGCUAUAGGAGCUUUAAUACAGGAUCUAAACAGCCAGAAAAUAACCAGUGUUGCAAUGAAAUCUGGAGGAACCCAACUCAAGCUCAUCAUGACCUUCCAGAACUACGGACAAGCACUUUUCAAGCCUAUGAAGCAGACGAGAGAACAAGAAACGCCCCCGGACUUCUUCUACUUUUCUGAUUAUGAGAGGCAUAACUCCGAGAUUGCUGCUUUCCAUUUAGACAGGAUUCUGGAUUUUCGCCGUGUUCCACCCGUCGCUGGCAGAUUGGUGAACAUGACCAAAGAAAUAAGAGAUGUGACGAGAGAUAAGAAGCUGUGGAGGACAUUUUUCAUUUCUCCAGCAAACAACAUUUGUUUCUAUGGAGAAUGUUCUUACUACUGUUCAACAGAACAUGCCCUCUGCGGAAAGCCAGAUCAGAUAGAAGGAUCCUUGGCUGCUUUCCUCCCAGAUCUGUCCUUAGCGAAACGGAAGACGUGGAGAAAUCCAUGGAGACGUUCAUACCAUAAACGCAAAAAAGCUGAGUGGGAAGUUGACAGUGAUUACUGUGAAGGAGUAAAGCAGACACCACCAUAUGACAGCGGCACCAGGCUUCUAGACCUCAUCGAUAUGACAGUGUUUGACUUUCUCAUGGGCAACAUGGAUCGACAUCAUUAUGAGACAUUUGAGAAGUUUGGGAACGAGACAUUUAUAAUUCACUUGGAUAAUGGACGAGGGUUCGGAAAAUAUUCUCACGACGAGCUGUCUAUCCUGGUGCCGCUGAACCAGUGCUGCAGGAUUAAGAAGUCAACAUACCUGCGACUACAACUUCUAGCAAAGGAAGAGUAUAAGUUGAGUAAGCUGAUGGAGGAAUCACUUCAAAUGGAUAAAAUAGCUCCAAUCCUCUACCAACCACACCUAGACGCCAUGGACAGGAGGCUCCGCAUUGUCCUUAAAGCUGUCAGUGACUGCUUAGAAAAACUCAGCUAUGAUAGCGUAGUCGAAAACGAUUUGGACUCUGAUGUGAACAAUAAGACAACUAAGAGGUAGUGACGCAGAAUCACUAACCCCCAACCAAGAAGACAUAGUCUUGCCGAAGACUGCGAAUGCUCCUCUGUGAAUUCAGUGAAUUCAAAUUUAAGAUGACAUUGUUCCCACUGUAGACAAGUUAUAAAAACCAGGAAGAAAGGAUUAGAUGAUGUGUCUAUUACAUAAGUAUAUUAUACAUGGAUGAACGUGAGACGAUACGGUCAAAGACCUACAGAAUUCGAUUUGGGUUGUAAUCAUAUCCCAAUCUUUUUGUACAGAUAGGAGGCCUUUAUUUAAAAAACAAAAAAGAAAAAUUUUGUAUUUAUAUAUAUGGUAUAAUAUUACAAAAUGAUGACCUACCUACCACUUUUUUGGGGGGGGAGGGAAAAAAAGGGACAGUAUAGUUUUGUUUACCUGUGAUGCUGACUUGACUAUACCACAUCGUCGCCUUCAAUAUCACUUCAGUCCCUUAACUUUAGUAAACUGUAUCUCCUGCAAGUUAUAUUUCUGGAGGUCACAAAUUCAAAGUCUUAACAGUAGAUGGUUUUAGGAUGAUUUCAUAAUUUUUAAUGGUGGAAGCUUUACUUGAAUGUUAAGCAUUGGGAUGAACUACUUUAUCAUUAAAUCUAAAUGGUGGGCCUUAUUGUCUAGACCAGGGGUUGGCAACAUGUUGCUCUUCACUUGUUGUGAUGGAACACUUCCAGCAGGCUUUGUUAGUAGAUGCCGGAAGAGACUAUGAAGUAACAAUUGGACUGCAGCAUUUUGCCUUUGAUCUUUCUUGUGGUUUGUAGCCAAGUAGCUGCCUUCCCAUGUUUGCUUUUACUAUAUUUGUGUAAAUACUGUAUAUACCAUACAUGGAUAACAGCUGUAUUCCGCAGCUGGGAGCUUCAUUUUGCAGCAUUUUUGUGAUUUGUUUGCAGCGUGGUAAAAGUGCAAUAAAAGAUACAGCAAAUAAUUAUCCAAAA